CACCAAGCGGCGACGGUGGCGUCGGUGGCAAAAAAAUUUAUAAUCGACACAGACGCCGGCGAGUCGGAGAGAGACGGGGCUAGUGAGAGAAGGAGAGAGAGCGAGGAGUGAAAAAUCGGAAAAUCGUUAUGCGACUACUAUAACCCACCACAAAAUCGCGGUCGGCUCUGUUGUUGCCGGGCACCUCACACUCGCGCAUCGAAUCCGAUUGCGAUUCAGGAUCUGAAUCAGAAUCAGAAUCCACUGUCACAGCAGCCGCAUUUUAAUUUUUUUCCUGGUUUGUGAGCUGGAAAUACUCAAAAAAAAAAAAAAAAUUAACCAGAAAUGGACCCCUCGAACCUGGCUUUUGGUUUUCCCGGUCUUCCCAACCAUGGACAUAUGCCGAUACCACCCACCGCCAAUAUGCUGGGCGCCCAGCAUCCAGCACCCGCCGCCAGUCCACCGCAGAGCGUCCCCGGCCGUCGAACUCCACUUGGAUCGGUGGGUCUGGGUGGCUUCUAUGCCCAGGGAAUGGGAAUGCCGCAACAGCCACCGACGGAUGAGAACAAACCAGGACCCAGUGCUCCGGAAAAACCACUAAGUCCCACGGCAGCUGCUAUUGCAGCCAUUGCAAUUAGCGGUGGUACCACCACGGUGGCUGUGUCCAGUGGUGCAGCCGGUGGCAGUGGUUCAAACAGCGGCAAGCAGAAAAAUCGCCAAGGAAAAACUGUGAGGUUGAAUAUAAAUGCCAGGGAAAGACGAAGGAUGCACGAUUUAAAUGAUGCUCUGGAUGAACUGAGGAGUGUGAUUCCCUAUGCUCAUUCACCAUCUGUGAGGAAGCUGUCGAAAAUAGCCACCUUGCUGUUGGCCAAGAACUAUAUUCUUAUGCAGCAAAAUGCAUUGGAGGAAUUAAGGAGACUUCUGGCUUAUAUACAAAGCACCACGGGAGCUGCACCACUGGAUUUGGGUGCCUUCCCAGCGGCUGCCAAAUUGCAGGCCCUUCUCCAAGGACCUCACAACGAACCGCCCUCCAGCAGCAGUUAAAUAAGAGUCUGAGACACCAAAAAAAAAAUAUAAAAAAUGGUUCUCCUGAUAAGCAAUCCAUAAACAAGCAAUAUUUUUAAGUCAAUUGGAAAAACGCCAAAAUGUUGUGUACUAGUCAGACGAAAGGAGGUUGAAAAGGAGCCUCUUAUCAGAGCAGCCAAGUGAAAAUCUGUUAAGUGAUAUUUAUUUUUGUCAUAAGCAUUUCUUAUUUGUGCAUUUGCAUGAUGUCAACCAGUAUGUGUAAGAUGAAUAUUACCAAAUAAAGUAUUAUUAAACUA